GGAACUUCCGUUGAUUGAUUCUGUUCCCGCAUAAACCCUAAUAAAGUCGCCAACUUUACUCCUUUCCCGGGUCUUCACCUUCGGGCAUCAAUGGCGACUCGUUACAGAGCUCUUUCAAAAUCAACGGUAUCUCUCUUCAAACACGCGGUCAACAAGCCCGCCGGCGUCAAACCCACGCCCACCUCGGCCGCUUCUCUUUUCCCAGCUCGCCCUUCUUCCACAUUCUCCAGGCCGAUUGCUCAGUUGGGUGCUCUUCAAUCGCUUCUCCCGCUUCACUCCGCGGUCUCUUCAGCUCGUCUCACGUCGUGCCUCGGCAUCGAUUCCACCAGCUCGCGGUCGUUGUCUCAGGGUAUGCUCUGCAGUGCGAACCCAGGAGUUUGAUAAAUCUCUCCCAAAUGUUUUGUGUGUUGGUUAUCUAUGGCAUUUUGUUUCCAAAUUGUUUUGCAGAGCUGGGAUUGAGCGUGCCUCGAUAACGAACCAAGUCAGACGAAGAACACAUCUCGUUCUGAACUCACAUUCUGUCACGAGAGAGUUUCGUCUUCGUCUCACAGGAGUAACAAUAAAAAUCUUGGAUGUGACUCUGCUGCUGUACUUUUGUGGAUUGUUGUCACAUCCCUUGUACCGAAUUCAAAUUUUUUGGAUAGGAAUAGCAUCAUACCCAUUAUUACUACAUCACUGGUAGAGAAAUGAAGCUGUCUGCUGCUCUCUUUCAUCUGUAUCUGCCAUUGAUUGUUUAUGGGCAGUUCUUGGCCUGACACUAGCCAAAAACGACUGGGUGGUUGGUUUCAUUUCUUCUCAUUAUCUAUCAGGAGGCAACAAUGCAUGGCCAUAUUGUCAACAUUGCUUUGAGUUUCUGUCAUUGAACAAGGAACAGAUAAGGCAUGGGGGCAGGGAAGUUGUUGUGUUCAUAUACCAACUUAGGUGAGAUUAAGAGGUAAAUGUCCUAAUGCCACCAUGAUAUUAACUCUGGUUUCCCUGACCUUUCUCUGGUAUCUUCUCCAAUCUUCUGCUGUUUCCAUGAUCAACCCUGCACUUCACAGUUCAUAUCAGCUACCCAGAACAUCCCAGUACUUCCUCUUACUUAACUAAGCUACCUUGUCCUUCAAUGGUGGCCAUGUCUAGGCAAUUCUUGUGUGGUGAAAGUACUGGUAAUUGCAGGUAAGUCAAGUGAUGGUCCUGAGAAGAAAGAGAAGGAGGGGACAAGCACUUUUGGUUGACACAUGGAAGUGCAUUCCUCCCCCAUGCAUCUGUGCUUUGGGAAGCUCUCAUGCAUGCAAAUGCAAUUAUGUUUAUAGUUUACUGAUAUAUGUGCUUUUAGAUGUUUUUGCCUUUUUUCUCGGAUUGGGAAAAGGGGGCAAAAUCUUGACGUGAAAUUGCUUUUGUUUGUCUGGAGGAGUCGGGCCGAGAGUGGAAUUGCUUUUCUCAUCUAUCCUUUUCUCAUGACAGCUCC